AUGAUUUCGAACCCAGAUCUGAUCCUCUACGCUUGCAUUGCCAAAGGAUCCACAAUCCUCGCCGAGUUCGCCUCCCCGACGGCGGAGCCGGGGAUCGAGGAGAUCGCCCACAAAUGCAUCGGGAUCGCGCCGCCGCCGCACCACACGACCUUCUCACAAACCGCCAAGAAGAAGACCUACACCUUCCUCAUCGACGACCCUUUCGUCUACUUCGCCGUCUACCACCACGAUCUCGCGAAGCUGGAGUCCUCCUGGUUCAUCGACCGGGUUAAAAUCUCCUUCUUGGAGCUCAUCGCGUCGAAUUCCGUUAGGGAUUUGGAGAAUCUAACCUCCCUCUGCUUCCAGGCGGAGUUCUCCCCCCAGUUCCGGGAAAUCCUGGCUCUGGAUUUGGACCUGGGAAUGGAUUCCCUGACGGAGACCACGUCGAAAGACAGCCGGAACCCUAGCAUGGACUCGACGAAGGAGAAGACGGUGCCGUUGCUGAAGAAGAAAAAGAAAAGGUCGUCUGGGGUUUGCUCUAUUGGGGGAAUGGAGGAUAAGAGCAGCAGCGGCGGCGGCCAUCGCAGGGGGAAAGACGGGAGCGGCUUGAGCUGCGGAGGGAUGAGCGAUCAUGGCGGCAAGAUGAUGAUGAAUGGUGGUGGCGGCGUGUUGAUGGGUGAGAAUAGGAGUGUUGAUGGUGGUGGGCGAAACCAUGCUAGAGAGUUCUCGGUGGCGAUGUCGCCGAAAAGCGGCGGGCUUUACAUGCUGGAGAGCAGGCAGAAGGCGAAGCAGAUGUGGAGGAAGCAUGUGUGGGUGGUUUUGACGUUGGAUUUGGUGAUCUGUGCUGUUCUGUUCUUCGUCUGGUUGUGGGUUUGCAGAGGGUUCACCUGUAUUGAUGGAUAG